AGCACGACACUCAGUUCGGUUCAGAAGGUGUUCGAUGUUGGACGUGUGCGCUUGAUCGGGGAAAAUAACGCUUGGCAGCAGUAACUUAUUGAUCUCAACGGUGCUUUGUUGUUUCUUCUCUUGGCUGUCACGUAUACGUACAGUCGGUUCUUCAGAGUCUGUUUAAUAAUCACAAAACUGCCAUGGCGAAUGUGUAAUAAAACCCCUAGUGAAGUAAUUAAUUAAAAAUAAAAGAAAAGUAAACCAAAUUUAACGACAACGAAAAGUGAUACGAAAACGAUGCACAAAUGAAGCUGCCACGACCCAAAACGAACUGCCAACGAGAAAGUAAACCCCACAGGGAUCCGAAAUGGGCCAACAUAUGCUUGUGGGUGGUCGUAACGCUGAUUUUUUCGACCCACUUGGCACAGAGUCAAGAAAAUCGGCGAGUUGAGGACUCCAGAGAGGUGGAACUGCUGCAGGAUAACGACAUCGAGUUCGCCAGUCUCGAUGGCGCCACACAAAUAUUGCCUGCCACCCGACAUUCCGGCGCAGACGUCACCGUGGCGCCACACAGUUCCACCCCUCCGAUGACGUCAUCGGCCUCGUACACCGAACUGCAAGGCGGGGAAAUUCUCAGCGAACGAAUCCUUCGGCGCAGCGAGAGUCCUUACUUGGCGCGCGAGGACCUCGAGGUCCUGCGAGGAGCACGACUGACCAUCGAACCGGGUGUAACCAUCGAAUUUGCCCCCACCAAGGGACUGAAAGUCAGCGGCGUCCUGCAGGCGGUGGGUACACCAACCUCCAGAAUUGUGCUGAAAUCCCAGAGCAAUACAGCCAACUAUAAGUUGGAGCUGCCCGAUGACCAGGAGAAGGGAAUUCGACUCGUGGAUGGGCCCACCCCAGUCGAGGGAAGACUGCAGCUCUUCCACAAGGGAGCUUGGCGAUCCGUUUGCUCCAACUCCAGAAAUUGGACUUUGGCGGAUUACGGAGUGGCCUGUAAGCAGCUAGGAUAUAGAGGAGGUCGUUUCUGGAAUUGGGUGGAACGAACUGCAGGAUACUAUCCCCGACUGCUUUACGAGCAGCCCAAGUGUAGAGGUGGCGAGAGUAACCUCCAAGACUGCGCUUGGACAUCCCGACAAAUGGGAGCUGGUGCCUGUGACUAUCACAACGAUCUGGGAAUCCAAUGUCUGCCCGUCCACUCCGAAACCUUGGGCCACUGGCGAGGCAUAUAUUUCGAUAAUGCCCCGUCCACCAAGGCUCUGGGCAGGGACAACAUCGUUUAUUCGGCUAUAUCGGAGUCGCGUCUUAAGUACGUGGACAUCAUAAGAGCAGGCAACGGCGCUGGAUUUAGUGCCAAGUCGGCAGUGGAGGUCCAGGGCUUGCCUCCACAAAUGGAGCACGUGAUGAUCAGUCACUCGGCCUAUACAGGAUUCAAUAGCACCCGGCCCUGGGCAGGAUUCCAGCUGCAAAAUGUCACCGUAAGGAAGUGCAAUGGCAUUGGAAUUUUCGUCAACUCAAGCCAAGGAUCAGUGCUGUUGGAUGGCUGCUCCGUAGUGGAUAAUGCAGGAGAUGGUGUCAAGUAUGUGGGUCACGACCUGAGGGGAACGGAAAGGAAGGAUCGGGCCAGCAUUUAUGACUUUUGCACUUUACCCACAACUUCGGGGCAGACCUACCCCAUUUCACUAUCCUUCUCUCAGAAAUAUUACGCGGGAUCUGGCAAGGAGUGCGGGAAGUAUUUCUUCACCAGACCAGGAUAUCUCCUCACCCUCCACUUCGAGCACUUCGUCCUGAUGCAAAACGAAACGGCCACAGUGGAAAUCUACGAUGGAGCCUCGACCAACGAUCGCCUGCUCUUCGAAUGGAAGGCCAGGAAUUUCACAAGGCCUCAGAGUGUUACCUCCACUAGGGAGAAAAUGUUUGUGAGGAUCCGAGCGGAUGCCAGGCAGGAGAUUAAUGGUUACUUCCGGAUGACAUCCGGCGACUCGGUGGCCUAUGACCUCAAGUUGUCGCAAUCUACAGUAGAAGACAAUGGAGGUCGUGGCGUUGCGGUCGAUAACAUAAGAUCCAAGCUUCAUGUGCACAGUAGCUCCGUCUCCGGGAACGGCCAUGUGGCCGGAGUGCAUGUGACCAGCGGAGCCGGAGAUGUGAACAUAACCAGCUCCAACAUCAGCUUCAACAAUGGUGCCGGCGUCAACAUCACCUACUAUGGUGGCAAUCGGAAUAUCUCCAGAUCCGCCUUAACGGCCAACAAGGGCUACGGCGUAGCCACUUGGCUGAAUCAGACAUCCGACGUCAGCCGCAUGGAGUACAUACCCUUCAACCAAACGAGCGUGGUGGAGUACUCACAGAUCGGAGGCAAUCUGGAGACGGGAGUUUUCCAUGGCAACUUCUGUCGGCCCAUUUGGGUGAACAUCACAGGGAACCACUUCAAUGGGAGCCAGCAGAAUGAUAUAUUCAUUGAAUCCUGCUACCAAGCCACUGCCAAUGGACGCCCCAAUAUGCAACUCCAGCUCGGUCACAAUGAGUUCAAGUACUCCCAGGCGAACUCCAUUUAUCUGAGUCCAGCCUUAAAUCUCCAGGGAAGAAUCGAGUACAAUAUGUUCCGCUAUGGGUCCUACGGUUGUUUGUUUAUCAACAACGACUACAUAUAUCCGGAGUUCAACUACUUCCCGGUGAAGCUGGUCAUACAGAGCAACUACUUCAUGAGGAACAGUGGAGUCCAUGUGGUCUCCUUGGGCUUAUCGCCCUAUAGCAGGGCUGAGGUCCAGUACAUUCUCUUUACCAGAAACUUCGUAAAGGGAAAUAAUAUUACGGAGGCGUUUGGUCCCCUGAUAGCAGGCUCCGAGGGAAGUGAUGGUGCUGGUCGACUGAAUCCCCGAUCUCGGGUAGCAGCACCCGUUGUCGUGGGAUCGAGUAAUAUCGAUAUCUUCCGGAAUAUCCUGCACAAUCUGGACUCGAUGUACGAAAUCGGCUCUCAACUCACAGACCAAAGUAAGAUUAUCAAUGCCACCUGCAACUGGUUGGGGCACACAGAUGAGAACAAGAUAUACGCUCGGCUGUUCCAUCGCAACGAUCGCUACAACCUGGCCAAGAUUACCUACAUACCCUACCUGCUGCACAGCUCGAAUCCCGGUUCCACUGCCAUGAUCACGGUUUCCACUGUGGUUCCCCGGUUCUUCCACGAGGGAAGCGAUGUUAUCGGCGGCGAGGUUGAUGGCCAGGAUAUGGUGCCAGCUGGAACGUAUACGGUUACUAAGGAUAUCAACAUCAGGCCUGGUGGUAAGCUCAUCCUCCAACCUGGAACCACUCUUAAAUUUGAGCCCAGUGUGGGAAUGAUGGUGGCAGGAAAACUGGAAGCCAGAGGACGUAGACCCGAUGACAUACUCUUCACACUGAAGAGGGAAACGAUUAUAGGGGAGCAUAAUGACACGGAAACCAUCGACUUGGAUAGUGAGACGGAAGCUAUAGACAUGGAAACGGAAUUAAUACCCUCCGAUGGUGUGCCAAGGGUUCCUGUUCGGUUGGUUGGAGGAGUGGGCGCCAAUGAGGGAAGACUCCAGGUUUACCUGAAAGGUCGAUGGGGCACUGUCUGCGACUACGGCUGGAAUGUCUUGAAUGCAGCCUUGGUUUGCCACCAACUGGGCUACUCCUUGAACCCCCAGGACUGGCGAUUACUCCGCUCUCAGUUGCCAAAUGCCGGAACCUCUGAGGACGUUUUGGUGGCCAAUGUCAGGUGCACGCUUCAGGAUCGGGAUGUCACCAAAUGUCGGGCUGAAUACGAUUUCGAAAACACCUGCAGUCAUGAGAACGAUGUGGGUCUCAGGUGCUAUGAAGGUGCUUGGGCCGGCGUGAGGUUCAGCAUGUUGGCCGAAAGGGCUGACUUACAGUAUGUUACCGUGGAAAAGGCCGGGCUCUUCGAUUACACCACGAAUGCCUUUAAGCCCGCCAUCCAAAUGGACCAUGCCCGCCACAACCUGGAAAAUGUGCGGAUCGUGAACAAUCUUCAAGAUGGCUUGGGUAUAGUAUACUCCGAUAUCUAUGCUGGAAAGUCCGUGAAUAACAUCAAGAACUCGGAGUUCUCCGGCAAUAGGGGAAGUGGCAUUAGCCUAAAGCAACUGGACUUCAGGAUCUCGGGAUCGAUUAUCAAGGACAACAAGGGCAGUGGUGUCUCCCAUGAUGCUGUCAUAUCUGCCUUGGAUCAGAAGGAAAUCGGUGGAUGGUUCAACAUGGCCAGGGACUUCAAUUCCUACGAUACGGACUACGAUCCCUAUGUUCUGCCCCAUGAAAUCAGCAACAUUGACCUGGGAACCUUUGAACACAAGUACAUAAGAACCGAAGAGCUGCUCGGCCAGAAUAUCAACAGGAAGAUUGUGGUUCAGUGCCCCGCGGGGUAUGUGAUUGGUAUCCAGCUCCUGAACCCCAUCCACAACCUUUCCACUGAGUCCAUAAACAUCCUGAAUGCCAGGACAGAGAACUUAAGGAGUGAUCUGUGGCAAGUUAAGAGGGACUUGAACGUGUUCCCUGUUACCAGCAGCAGUUACGGGAUUAUAAUCUACUACGAGAGUGGCCUACAGGCUCUGGGAGGAGCUGUCCUGAUGUUAAGUACAGUCACGGCUCCGGUUCAAAACAUACGGAACCGUAUUGUCAGUGGAGCUGUGCCCACUCUAACCAUCCGAUCAACGAAGAUACAGAAAAAUCUGAGAGGUAUCACGGGUAUCUACUACAACCGAUACAUAGGUGACAACGGGGAGUACUACUUGAGGAAGGCCAACGAAUCCAUUAAACUGAUCAACUCUGAGUUGAGCUACAACGAAAGGGAGGCCGUUCUUAUAAGGUCUCCAUUCUGGGAUGUGAUUUCUAGCAACUUAUCAGAGAUCACCUUGCAUAUCAAUGGGUCGCUGAUCACCCAAAAUGGUCAUGGAAUCCGACAGCUGUCGAAGGAUCUGCGGUCAUCCAACAAUCUUUUCCAUUACGUGAUUCAGGAUACCACAGUGGAGCAGAACACCCAUGGAGGUUUUCAGGUGGCACUUCCCUAUGUUUGGCAGUACAACGAGAACUUCACCCACUCAAUCUACUUUGGCAACAGCACCUGGCAAAGAAAUCGCGACUUCCGUAUCUCCGUUUCCGGACACUACACGGUCUUCAACAUCACCUCGAAUGUCUUCAGGGAGAACAAUUGUCCAGGAGCUCUAAUCUCCCUCGAUGGAAUGGAGAAGCGUCUCCGCUUUGACAACAACCGCUUCGAGGCGAAUAAUGCCAAGUUCGUGCUGCUCUUCAAGGCGGAUUCCCUGAGUGAGAUUAUUGGUCAAGUACCGGCCAGUAUAGAGUUUAAUAGCUUCAAGGGAAACAAUAUCGUGACCAUGACCGCUAACUACAGGAACCAAUACAUGAAGGCUGCCAGGAGAAUUAGAAAGCAACACAAGUUGCCCACUUCCGUGAUCCGAUUGGAUGGAGUCCAAAAUGUCCGGCUGUACCGCAAUCUGAUAUCUGAAAACGAAAUGGACUACAACCUUGUGGCAGGUGUGAGAUCGGCCAGGUUGAACAACUACUUUGAGGCCAAGGAGAACUGGUGGGGCACUAAGGACACCGCCUUCAUAGAGGCCAAGAUCUUCGACUUCGACAACUGGAACGAUCAUGCCGAUGUGAUAUACCAACCUUUCCUCAUCGAAGACAACUACGAUGCCAGUGUCUCUGUGGUGGUUCCUUUCAACCAAGAUCAGGAGAUUGACUUAUCCAGCUACAGAGGCGGCAGGGUGUACAAGGACCUGACAUUGACGAAACAGAGUACACCCUACUAUAUAUCCUCUGACGUUACAGUGAUGCCAGGAAAAACGCUGACCAUUAAUCAUGGCGUCACCAUGGAAUUUGAACCCAACGUGGGAAUACUAGUUUUGGGUACACUCUUGGCCGUUGGAUAUAAGGAAUCUCCCAUAGUGAUGAGACCCUUUAGAAAUGCCACCCGGGAGUCUCUGAUCGAUGCUCAACCCAAGAAGCGGGCUCUGGAGGAUAUGAGUGCCCCUCUGACCGAGUUCGACUCCAUUAGACUGUGCACCAGUGUCAAUAACUGCACAGGAGAUACCGACGGAAUGUUUGGGUUGAAUGAAGGAUUCCUGGAGUACUUCAACCACACCACCCUCCAGUGGGUUCCCAUCUGCGAUAGCAGGUUCACAGAGAGAAACGCCCAAGUUGUUUGUCGGGAACUGGGUUACGAUCCCCUGAAUGUCUACUAUGGCCAUGAUCGAAGGAUAGAGUUCCACACCAACUCACUGACUCGGAUCUGGUCGUGGGUCCAACCACUCGAGUGCCGAGGCGAUGAGGAACGAAUGGAAGACUGUGCCGAGCGACUGAAUGGCCAACUUUACGGACAUCGCCACGAAUGCCGUUGGGAUGAUGUCUUCGUCUUCGUCAGCUGCAAUAGCAUGGCCGAUGAUGAGGUGUAUUGGGGUGGCAUAAGGUUCGCCAACUCCAAGUUCGAGGAGAUCCAGUACGAACAUCGUUUGCACAACACCAGGUCACAUGCGAGGUUGCCUCUGAGGGAAAGUCAGCUGGAGUUUGUGAGGAUUGAACAGGCUGGCAUACUCCACAACCACAAAGCAGCCGCCAUCCAAGCCAUCCACAAGAACCCGUCCAUAACCUCGGUGAGCAUUGAGAACUCAGCCAAUCAUGGCAUCAACAUGAUUGCUCCCAGUGGAAAACUGAACUUGAAUCAUCUGAACAUCAACAAGACAUUGGGAACCGGUAUAAGCAUUGUGUCUUUGAGUGGCGAAGGUCGCGACAGCGAUGAGUCUAGUUUUUCCCCCUUAAAGAAGUUAGAUCUUCCUUAUAAACUCUUCUCUCUGGUGGACAUAUGCGAUCCCCAGAAGGUGCUGACCAUCGAGGAGCGCAUGCUGGUCUACUACAAGUACGACAACAAUCCUGUCAACUGCGUAAAGAUCUUCACCUCCGCUUUCCGAGCCAAGCCAAUUGGCUUCAGGUUGCUGCAGUCCAAUCUGUUCAAUCACUCCAAGUUGUAUGGCAGAACCGAUUUCAUAAAGCUUUUUGACGGGGAUAUCUACAAUGUGACUGCCACUUAUCUGGGCAAGAUCGAAUCUGAUACCGAUAACCAAAGAUCCUUCUUCAAGACCAAGGGCCCAACGAUGAGUCUCCAACUGGUGGCCAGUGGUGCUCCCGAAACACAUGGUUUCAUAGCCGAGGUCGUGACUGUGCCCAUUUCCACUUUGGGUCAAUAUCGCGAUGCUCUGCACAAUAUCACGGAUACUCAUAUCUCAGGUGCGAUGAAGGGGGCGGUUACCUAUGCCUCUGCCGGUGAGGUCACGCCCACUUUGACCUUAAUAGGCAAUCGGAUAGAGAAGAACUGCCGGCAAUUAUACGGCAAUUUCUCGACCUGCACUUCAGCCCUUAACUUGGAUGUGCAGAACAUGAAUUCGUUGUACUUUAUGAACAACCUGGUCACAGAGAACCAAGGAGGUCUGCGCAUCCGAGCUGAUUCCCGGGGGUCGGCUACCUCACUCCGAGGCUUCGUCCAUCACAAUCUCUUCAUGAGGAAUCGCAAUCGCCCUGCUCUCUACGUGGAGGGACGACAGUCCUCGCCGUACCAGGAAGUAGAGCUCUAUCGCAACUACUUUGCCCAGAAUAUGGCUGGCUAUGAGGAUGUGAUCAGACUAUGCCAAGUGGUGUCCAACUUCAGCUACAACUACGUGCACAGCAAUGUGGGAGGAAGGAUUAUGGAGGUUUCUGGUUUCGAAAAGGUGCGGCUGCAGAUCUAUCAGACCACGGCUCACAACGGUUUCUACAGGAACUUUGCCACCAACUGGAUGACUAGAGCAACCAUUGUGGCGGGAACUGCCGGCCAGCAGUAUGUGGAUAAUAUUUUCGAGAACCACGAGAACGACUAUGAGCUGCUAACCGUUAAUAACUCCAUUUUGAGUUUUGACUAUGAAAACAGGACCUUUGAAACCUGGAGCUCUAAGAUCGAUGCCCGUCACAACUAUUGGAGCUAUAAUAACACCAUCUCGGUGCAGUCUCGUAUUAGAGAUAAGUCAGAUGAUCCCAAGCUGUUGGAGGUCCUUGCUGUGCCCUUCCAAAUGAACAAUGAGACUAUCCUGGAUGGGAAAUGCCCUCCGGGCUGGGCUCUGGUCCAUGACACCUGCUUCACCUAUGUGGGAGCUCCCAUGACUUUCCACGAGGCUCGAGACUUCUGUCGCUCGGAGAACUCCACGAUGCCGUUCAUUCGGACGGAUAAGACAACGCUGUGGAAGUACCUGCAAAGCCAGAUGAGGCACUUGAAGUAUCCGGAUAAGGUGUGGAUCCAGGACUACAAUCACAUCGAGCGCUGCACGAGCUUCGUCUUUGGGGAAAUAGAGCUGGAGGACUGCGACAAAGAGCGCGGUUUCAUAUGUGAAAUGGAUCCUAGGGUGAUCAUUGAUCCUUUAUCCUGGCGUGCGGACAUCUUUGCCAUCAGUAUUAUCUCAGCCUUUGUCCUCGCCAUCAUCCUGCUGAUCCUGGUGGCCUUCUGCUGGUUCGCCAAGUCGAAGCAUCGCCAUGUGCAGCGACUCCAGCGAAGGAACAGUAUCCGGCAGAGCCUGCGCAGUCUGAACAGCAUCGAUCCGCAGGGCUCCCUCCGCAGAAGACCCAAUUAUAACAUGUCCAGCAAUGGUACUUUGUCCAAGAGCCAGGACUACAAGCAGAUGGUGGCCAAUGGCUCCAUCGACUCCAUGGACAAAAGUGUGCUGAGCUCGGAGGCUGGCAGCUUCGAGGGCUACGAGCAGAAGCCCCAUUACAAUGAGUAUGUGAAUCAGAAUGCUCUGAGACCAGUUCAGCCUGCUCAGGAUCAUCAGAGUCACAAGGUGGCCACCAUCUCCAAGGCGAGUGGCCAUCGAGCCAGAGCCGCUGCUGCUGCAGCUGCCGCCUUGGAGCCAGACGCCUUUGAGUUGAGCUACCGGAACGAGGGCUUCCGGGACAAUUCCACCUACGGCGGAGGCACUCGUGCCAAUUCCGUUAGCACCAGUGUGGCCGAGGACACACCAAUCAUACAUCACACAGACCAGGAGGUCGACGAGGGCGGCUCCGAUUACUAUGGCAAUGCCAGCACCUUACCCCUUCGAACGGAAGGCGGUGGCAGCACUCCGGGCGGAAGGCGCGGUCAGCCUGGCCUGGCCUUCCUUAGCGAACUUAAGCAGAAUCUUCCGGAGUACCAGAGGAGCUCGCACAGCAGCUUUAUGCCGCAGCGCAGUAGCGGCGAUUCCCUGCCCUUCGAUCAAAAGAUUGAUCAGUUUAACUACUCCACGGAGUCCUCACUGUACCGACCAGCUCCGGCGGUUCCCGUUAGUCAGCAGGCAACGCCAGCGGACAUGCGGCGUCCGGACUCCUACUAUACUGCCGUCAGGAGUAGCAAAGCCCCAGUUUCACAUUACCGAACGCCGAGGCCACUGGCACAGCCACCGGCAGCGCCAAAUGUGGCGCCACCAACGCACUCACGCCCCAAGACGGUUUACCAAACGGCAUCCGAGGAGUCCUCACCGACGAUCCCGUCACCGCUGACCAAUCCGUAUCAUCGCUCCAAGUCGGAGGCUCUCCUGGAGACAGAUUUCGAUGGGGAUGGUGGAACGGGUGAUCUGCAGCCCCUGCAAACUAACGGGCGAAGUCACAGCCAGCCGCUGGAAACGGCCAUGUGAAGGGUCGUCACCCAUUUCAUACCCUUAUUUAACAUUCACUUGACACUUUCACCUCUUUGCGGAACUGACAAAAUAUUUUUGAUAUUACUAGACUUCAUUCUUAGAUAAAAAAAAUAUGAAUUUUAAAAAUAUUAUUUCUUAUUUUUGUGUUCUAAAAAUAUUUGUUGUCAGCUUCGAUUAGGGUUUCAUUGCCACAGCUUCGUAGUUUUUAGUUUGCCUUUAAAGAUACUUUUAAAAUCGAGAUUACGAUAGAGAGAGACCAAGAGAGACGAACACGCCCGCCCGUUGUUUUUUUUGUGGUAAACUUAGAUCAUUCCAUCCAUUAGCCUUAAGCCUACGAUUAACUAUUGCCGAAACGAAUUAGCCCUAAGUUGUUGUAUAUAAACAGAAAAUAAAGCAAAACUUAAUGAAAAA